CUCAAGGCUUUCUACGUCGACCUCCUCGUCCCCCUGGAGACCAACCUGGAGAAGGACACGAAGGUGGUGCAGAUGGAGCAGAAAAAGUUCAACGCGCAGCACAAGCAGCGGUCCGAGUCGCACAGCAAGGCGGCCGCCCUGAGCCGCAAGCAGCGCAAGAAGAACAAGACCACCCCCAACGACAAGGACCUCAAGACACUCCAGCGGCUAGAGGAGGAACAGUCAAAGUUGGACGCCUUCCGGGAGCAGAGCCUGAGGACGGCGCUGACGCAGGAGCGGCGGCGCUACGGCUUCGUGCUGGAGCGGCAGUGCUCGCUGGCCAAGCACUUCUUGUCGCUGCACACGUGCGGCUCGGCGCUCUUCCAGCAGCGGCUGCCCGACUGGCAGCGCGUGGCGCGCGCCCGAGAGUCGCUGCCCGAGGAGGUCCAGAGGAUGUUCUCCUCGCGGAUCGGGCCGCAGAGCAUGUGGGCCGACGACGACUCGUACUGCCGACGCGAGGACGGCUCCAUGGCGUCGGCGCUGCGCAAGACGCGCUCCAUGGACGCGUCCGCGCUCGACAUCCGCUGCCUGAGCGACGCGCCCGAGGACCAGCACCGCGGCACCGACAGCGGCACCCUCAGCAGGGCGCGCUCCGACCUCAACCUGUCCUCGCGGGCGCACUCGCCCAUCAACGGAGACUCGGCGAGCCCCGUGCGGCCGCAGUCGCUGGCCGUGUCCUCGGCGGGCAGGGGCUGGGGGUCGCCGCUGGCGCGCGCGCUCUACGCCUACCUCAGCAGCGGCGAGAACCAGCUCAGCUUCCUGGAGGGCGACAUCCUCGCGCUCAUGGGCGAGCGCAACAAGGGCUGGCAGUUCGGGGAGAACCUGCGGACGCAGACGAGCGGCUGGUUCCCGCUCGCCUACACCGAGCUCCUCCUCGACGACGUGUAA